GCGGUAGCAGCGUCGGGAGCGAUGUCCGGGCGCGGGAAGCAGGGCGGGAAGGCGCGGGCCAAGGCCAAGUCGCGCUCGUCGCGGGCCGGGCUGCAGUUCCCCGUGGGCCGCGUGCACCGGCUGCUGCGCAAGGGCAACUACGCGGAGCGGGUGGGCGCCGGCGCGCCCGUGUACCUGGCGGCCGUGCUGGAGUACCUGACGGCCGAGAUCCUGGAGCUGGCGGGCAACGCGGCCCGCGACAACAAGAAGACGCGCAUCAUCCCCCGCCACCUGCAGCUCGCCAUCCGCAACGACGAGGAGCUUAACAAGCUGCUGGGCAAGGUGACGAUCGCGCAGGGCGGCGUGCUGCCCAACAUCCAGGCCGUGCUGCUGCCCAAGAAGACCGACAGCCACAAGGCCAAAAGCAAGUGAAACAAACCUGAGGAGCGCUCCCACCUCAAAAGUAACCCAAAGGCUCUUUUCAGAGCCACCCACUUUCUCAUUAAAGGAGCUGUACA